AUGGGUACUGAAUGGGCGACAACCAUUCUUUCCCAAACCAUUGGUAGGCUCGCCAUUCUCUCUACAAGUAUAUCUUAUAUUGAGUUAGGUGAGCGAAAGACAAACUCCGAACUCUCCGGGGUUUUGCAGAAAAAGGACUUCGAGCUCUCUGAAGCCUUGAAGAACAAGGACUUUGAGCUCGUCGAUGAAAUGAAAGCUACCAAAUAUGUUGUCGUAAAUGAGUAUAAGGACUCUUUUGAGGUUAAGAAAAAGAUCUUUGAGUACUUUGACAAUGGUUUGAGGAGUUCAUAA